GUUUCAGCUUCCGCAGCAACCGGCUCACAUCGCACUUCCGCCUGCAUAUUAUUAAAGCGCCCAGUGACUCAGAUUAAAAAAGUCAAAUUUUGAAACUCUAGUAGAUCUAAUCUAUCUCCAAUGAAAGCAUGCGAUGAUCUGAUGUAAAAUGAGCACAAUGAACACAUCAGUGAUGGAGCAUGACAAGAUUGAGAGGCUGCGUGACCGCAUGUUGCAGUGUCCGAUAUGUAUGGACGAGUACAAAGACCCACGUAUACUCACCUGCCAUCAUACUGUUUGUUUGAGUUGUCUUCUUGAUUACAUCCAUGCCUCCUCAUCGUCAGGUAGAAUGUUCAGGUGUCCACAGUGCAGGGCAGAUGUAUGUGUUCCACGAGGGGGAGUUAAAGAUUUUCCACCAAACUUUUACAUCAACUGUAUUCAAGACGAGAUUGGUUCCCGGCCAUAUUUUGGUAUUUGUGAUGUUUGCGAGCGGGACUGGCUGAUGUCACAGUACCGUUGCAUUGACUGUGACCUUGAUAUUUGUAAGUUCUGUAUACAUGAGCACCGACUUUUCAAGCACAUGACUGGACGCCAACCGAACAUCAUUAAAAUUGAAACAGGUAACAUAGGAAUUAACCUGACAUCGGAGAAGUCAUGUACCGACCAUAAAGACGAGUCGCUGCAGAUGUACUGUAUGACGUGUGAUGUCGCCAUUUGUGUUUCAUGCGUGUGUGAGAAACAUCGGAAACAUAACACCAUGACCUUGGUCAAGAAACUACAAGUAGCUCGUAAACUUCUACAAUUUGAUUAUGACCAGCUUAUGCUCGAUGUAAAAGAGGUCAAGAACAGCCUGACAAAACUGCAUGAUGUAGAAAAAAAGGGCGACAAAUCGGCGGACGAUGCCAUUUCUCAGAUCAAGGAUUAUACGCAGGGCAUCAUAAGCUGCAUAGAGAAAAUGUCCGAUGAGAAAAUUGAUCAGAUAAAAGCCGACAGAGGGAAACAUUUGAAAGAAAUUCACGAUUACGAGAAAGAUUUGGCUGUCUUUUUGGAGCAGCUUCAUAGGGGGUCGACUUUUCUCGGCGAUCUGCAGGAUGAAGACAUGUGCCUGGAAUUGCUGACGGCUUUCCAAAAGUACAAAGGGGUAAUAGAAUCUACGCAAAAGUCUGUAGCAAACAGAAAAAUUAAACAGAACAACUUUUCUUUCUGUCCAGGAAAAGUUAACAACAAACUUGGCAAUAUAUGGAUAAGUAGAAGUGUACUAGGUAACAAUGAAGAGGAAAAAGUUUUCCUUCCAAGGGAGCAGACAAAGAAAGGAAUGAGCAGACUGGUUUCUGGAAGAAUUUCUUUGACUGGUUGCAUGUUGGUGCUAGUUUUCUUGUUUUUGUUGAUUGGACUGGUUCAGUUUGUGAUGUGUAUAGCAGAUAAUGGUGCUAAUGUGGAAAACAUAAUGUGUACAGCAUUGUAUGGCUAUCUUUGUCUUGCUGGGGUGUUUUCUUACAGAAAAUCGAGAUAAUAAAUGUAAUCAGAAUCUGUUUUUAUCUGCAUUCUGAUUCUGAAAUUUGGACUAGGUCUUCCAAACAAUACUUUUUUUUAUUUUUAUUUGCCUUUAUUUUUUAAAGCCACAACAGAUUUGUAAGAAAUUUGGCAUGAAUAAAGCUCCAAAUUCUUAAGAAAUAUUAAAUUCUGUAAAAUAACAAUAAUACAGAUAGGUUAUGUUAUCAAGUAACAGCAGAUUGAAAAUAGCUGAUGCCUUUAAACAUUUGUGUCUGAAAUUCUAUCUCAGAAUCUUGAUAAAUACAGAGCUUACAUUGAAAGUUGAUAGGAUGUAUACCAGUCGCUUUGUAGUCAUUUUCUUGCUAAAUAGUAUUUUCUAUUGACCACCAUAUGUCAUGUAAGAUACAGAACUGUAUUACAAGACAUUGAUGUAAAAGCUUUGUAUGUGUGUAAUAUUGCAAUUUUUAUAAUGACAAAUCAUGUUUUAUUUUCAAAUAUACAAUGUUACAUUAUUGUAUUGUCAGACUACUUAAAACAAGUGAGAAAUAGUUCAUUGAAUGAAUGAAGUAAAGGAUUCACGCUGUUUUUGCAAAGUAAUGCUGUUGUGAACUAUGUAUCUCAGUAAUUUUUAUAUGCUAAGAGUAAUCAUGGUAUCUCCUAGUUAUUCUCAAAAUGAAGUUCUGCAGAAAAAAAUAUUCCCACAGACUGGGUGAAAAUGAAGAAUUUGUAGACUACAGAAUUUAAGGCUUACACAGUGUGUGUUUGGUUAUAUUAUUGUCAGACAUGUGAUCGAAAACCUAGAAAAUACUGAAAUGUACAAAUAGUGCAUUAUAAAAAAGAAAUUUAGAAAAAAAAGAACAGUUUAACUGUUUUAUUGAAAUGCUUGACUGUGUAACAUCAUGAUUGUAAAAGGCAGUGAAUAGCUGCUGUAUAUUUUGUUUCUAUCACAGAAAAAAAUCUGUUCUUCAUGAUUACGAUUAAUGAAAACUACAAGAAAUAAUUUUAAUGCUAUAAUGUGCUGAAAAAAUAUUUAUUAUGCCUAUUUUUGCAAGAUGGCUUUUCCACUAUGGCUUACAGUUGAUUAUAUUAAAUGUGCUAUGGAUGCCUGUCAGUGCAUUGUAAAAAUGUGAUGUUUGUAUGUGUAAAGCUUUGGCAGUGAAAAGGAUAUUUCAUAUAGUUACUUAGUGUUUUAGUGAUUUUUAGCUCACCUGUCACAAAGUGACAAGGUGAGCUUUUGUGAUCGCGUGGCGUCCGUCGUCCGUCGUCCGUGCGUCAGUGCGUGCGUGCGUGCGUGCGUGCGUAAACUUUUGCUUGUGACCACUCUAGAGGUCACAUUUUUCACGGGAUCUUUAUGAAAGUUGGUCAGAAUGUUCAUCUUGAUGAUAUCUAGGUCAAGUUCGAAACUGGGUCACGUGCGAUCAAAAACUAGGUCAGUAGAUCUAAAAAUAGAAAAACCUUGUGACCUCUCUAGAGGCCAUAUUUUUCAAGAGAUCUUCAUGAAAAUUUGUCAGAAUGUUCACCUUGAUGAUAUCUAGGUCAAGUUCGAAACUGGAUCACGUGGGGUCAAAAACUAGGUCAGUAGGUCUAAAAAUAGAAAAACCUUGUGACCUCUCUAGAGGCCAUAUUUCUUAAUGGAUCUUCAUGAAAAUUGGUCAGAACGUUCACCUUGAUGAUAUCUAGGUCAUGUUCGAAACUGGAUCACGUGGGGUCAAAAACUAGGUCAGUAGAUCUAAAAAUAGAAAAACCUUGUGACCUCUCUAGGGGCCAUAUUUUUCAUAAGAUCUUGAUGAAAAUUGGUCAGAAUGUUCAACUUGAUGAUAUCUAGGUCAAGUUCGAAACUUGGUCACGUGGGGUCAAAAACUAGGUCAGUAGGUCUAAAAAUAGAAAAACCUUGUGACCUCUCUAGAGGCCAUAUUUCUCAAUGGAUCUUCAUGAAAAUUGGUCAGAAUGUUCACCUUGAUGAUAUCUAGGUCAAGUUUGAAACAGGGUCACGUGGGGUCAAAAACUAGGUCAGUAGAUCUAAAAAUAGAAAAACAUUGUGACCUCCCUAGAGGCCAUAUUUUUCAUGAGAUCUUCAUGAAAAUUGGUCAGAAUGUUUACCUUGAUGAUAUCUAGGUCAAUUUCGAAACUGGGUCACGUGGGGUCAAAAACUAGGUCAGUAGGUCUAAAAAUAGAAAAACCUUGUGACCUCUCUAGAGGCCAUAUUUCUCAAUGGAUCUUCAUGAAAAUUGGUCAGAAUGUUCACCUUGAUGAUAUCUAGGUCUAGUUUGAAACUGGGUCACGUGCGGUCAAAAACUAGGUCAGUAGGUCUGAAAAUAGAAAAACUUUGUGACCUCUCUAGAGGCCAUAUUUUUCAUAUGAUCUUUAUGAAAAUUGGUCAGAAUGUUCACCUUGAUGAUACCUAGGUCAGGUUCGAAACUUGGUCACGUGCGGUCAAUAACAAGGUCAGUAGAUCUAAAAAUAGAAAAACCUUGUGACCUCUCUAGAGGCCAUAUUUUUCAAGAGAUCUUGAUGAAGAUUGGUCAGAAUGUUCAUCUUGAUGAUAUCUAGGUCAAAUUCAAAACUGGGUCACGUGCGGUCAAAAACUAGGUCAGUAGGUCUAAAAAUAGAAAAUUCUUGUGAUGUCUCUAGAGGCCAUAUUUCUCACUGGAUCUUCAUGAAAGUUGGUGCGAAUGUUCAUCUUGAUGAUGUCUAGGUCAAGUUCAUAACUGGGACAUGUGCGGUCAAAAACUAGGUCAGUAGGUCGAAAAAUAGAAAAACCUUGUGACCUCUCUAGAGGCCAUAUUUUUCACGAGAUCUUCAUGAAAAUUAGUGAGAAUGUUCACAUUGAUGAUAUCUAGGUCAAGUUUAAAAGUGGGUCACGUGCCUUGAAAAACUAGGUCAUUAGGUCAAAUAAUAGAAAAACCUUGUGACCUCUCUAGAGGUCAAUUUAUUUUUUCAAUGGAUCUUCAUGAAAAUUGGUCAGAAUUUUUUAUCUUGAUGAUAUCUAGGUCACAUAUGCUCAAAAACUAGGUCACUUUGUCAAAUAAUAGAAAUAACGACGUCAUACUCGGUUCAACACUGGGUCAUGUGGGGAUAGGUGAGCGAUUCAGGACCAUCAUGGUCCUCUUGUUUAGUGACACA